AUGGCGGACGAAAUUGAUUAUUUGUCUGCUGGUUUCGACCUCAACUCCCUGACCGUCCCUCGUCUGCGAUCUAUUCUCGUUAGCCAUGACGUCCCAUAUCCAGCAUCCGCCAAAAAGGCGCAGCUCAUUCAGAUCCUGGAGAGCGAUGUUCUUCCCAAGGCGAAAAAGCUAUUGCGCGAACGCGAACGAGUAAGGAGGACAAGUGAAGGCAUUACAGACAUGGGAAGUCGCGCCACGUCGGUCGCAAGCGAUUACGACAACCAUCGGGAAAACGAAGCUCGGGAUUCCAUGCCUCCUCCGCCAACACCCUCUACAGUUUCGACAGCAACUGGGACGCGCAGGGGCCGCUCUCGGAUGAGCACUAGAGCGUCGACUGCGGAUGCCGAAGAGGCGCACGUUCCUGUAACUCCUUCGACGGCUUCGAGACGAUCAACCGCAAGAUUGAGCGAGCGAAUCGAUGCCCCGACAACUCCUACAGUCGCUGACGCCUUCACGCCUCGAAAGUCCACGGCUAGAAAAUUGCGCAGAAGCGAGAUGACUCCCUCAACUGAAGCCGAGCCGCCAAUUUCAUCAGUCAAAACGGAGCCGAAGGAAGAAAGCGUUUUUACCCAUGACAACCCUUUCCAGAGUGGAAGCUCUCCAGCUCCCUGGGACUCGAGAAGAGGUGCAAGCCGGGAUGGGAAGCGAAAGAGCAGCGCAUAUCUGGCGACCGAGAGUCCUGCGUUGAAUCAAAGCCUGCGGUCGAGGAAGUCUGAUGCGCGUGCUUAUCUGAGCCAUGAAGCGGAACCAACGGUAUCGGCCCGUUCAUCGCCUGAUAUUCAGAAUUCGAAACCCACCACGCCUAAUCAAUAUUUCGAGCCCGAGGGAAGUUAUGACUACGACCUAAGUGAGGAAAGUGCUGGUGAAGAAUUCACCCCUGACGAGCAGUUGGCGUUAGAGAGGGAACACGCGGAUUUGAUGUACCCCCCAACUUCGCCACGUCGGCGUCCUCAGACACGCGGAACGGCAAGCACAGCCGCGCCUUGGUUGGUCAUCAUGGCUCUUGUUUGUGGCUUCGCUGGUUGGUGGCGACAGGAAAAGAUUGAAAUUGGAUUUUGUGGCAUCGGAAAGCCGACUUGGUCCCUGGCCAACACAAGAGUUCCCGAAUGGGCUAAUGUGCUCGAACCGCAAUGCGAACCGUGUCCCUCACAUGCGUUUUGCUAUAAGAAUUUUGAAGCCCGCUGUGAGCAUGAUUUCAUCCUCAAACCCCAUCCUUUGGCACUGGGGGGACUGGUUCCCCUGCCUCCGACUUGUGAACCAGACAGCGAGAAGGCACGCCGUGUGAAAGCCGUCGCGGACAAAGCCAUUGAAGCACUCCGUGACCGAAGAGCCAAGUGGGAGUGUGGUGAGCUCACCGAACAGGGCAAGGAAGCGUCUGGACCGGAGAUCAGCGAAUCAGAGUUGAAGCAGGAAGUAGGAAGAAAGCGACGGAAGGGAAUGAGCGACGCGGAAUUUGAUGGUCUCUGGAAAGGUGCAUUGGGCGAGGUUAUCGGCAAGGAAGAAAUCAUCAGCAAGACGAAACAUUCCAUCCUCAGCCUCACAUCUACAUCCGUCACCCGACUCCCUCUCAAAUGCGCCUUCCGCCGCUACGUCCGACUCUCUCUCCUCGCGUAUCGACUACCUCUUUCGAUUCUAGUGGUAAUUGUUAGUACCUUAAUCUAUGCGCGUUCAAGGGUCCUUGCUCGCCGCUCCGACAUGGCAAGGAUUCCGGAACUCGUCGCUACAACGCUAGACCGCCUCGCAACUCAGGCAGCUUUGCAUGCCCGCGGCGAGGCCCGCGAGCCCUAUAUCCCAAUAGGACAAUUGCGUGACGACGUGCUACGCUCAGAGCUACGGGGAAGUCGGCGCGAAGGUCUUUGGCGGCGGGUCCGCGACGUUGUCGAAGGAAACACGAACAUUAGAGCUGCGGUCCGUGAAGGCCGGGGUGGAGAUGUUGCGCGUUCAUGGGAAUGGAUUGGGGGCAUUGGAAGUGUCCGUGGGGACAUUGAAGGCAGCGCCACUCGUCAGCGAGAGGGGAAUAAAGUACACUUCACGGCAUUGUCGAAUGAGACCCCCCAGCAUUCCGGUGAUCAUGCCAUGGCAGGAAGUCCAAGGGAGUCGCGAAAAUGGGAGGAAGGACGGCCCAUAUACUGA